AUGGAUUUUACUUCAGACUCGGUAAGGCACAGCAGUGUGGCCAGCGAGGCAAGGAAUAGUCGUAGUAGUAGUAGAAGUAGUUCCAAUGACCUUAGUGAGCUGGAUCUCAGGACUUUGAAGCUGCAAGAGCAGAGGAACUCGCUGCUGUCUAGAAGGAAUGGUCUGUUGCAAGAGAUUCAAUCACUAAAGAGCAGAGCUCAUACCACCCAUGAAGAGACAGAUGCAAGGUUGCUUGAUCUUGUGUUGUUGACAAGCGGCAAAGAGAAGGCAAGCGCGAUUACUAUAGAUGGGUCCGAUCUGGAAAAAGAGUUGCAGGCGAAAUAUGAUACUUUGCCCCUCUUGAAUAUGCAAUUGAGGUUAGAGACCCUGAGAAAGUUAUAUCAGUACGUUGAUCUGAGUGUUUCUAGCUCUGAUGAUAUAGUCGAGGCUCAUGCUAGGUUUUAUCGGUCUACUGAACCCUUUGAUUUGGAUCUGCGUUUGAACUAUAAGGGCGAAACGUUAUACGAAUGCGGAGUGGAAGUCUCAAGAAAUGUACAAUGGCCACUUCGGUCGCUUUUAAAAUGUAAGAACCCAAGUAGAAUAUUACUGGGCUGUUUUGAGUACGAUAGGCUUCGAUGCGGGCGAGAUGAGUUGUUUAAUCAUAUACAAGGGGAGAUGGGCCGGUUCGCAAGUCUGGUUACUAUAACUCGUACAGAAAGCGCUUUGACUUUACAUAGGUUCGCGACACCGGAAGCGAAACUCACGAUACGAUACACGAUCGAGUUUGAAGAAUUCUUGCCCUCUUCGCGUAUACAAACUUCGCUCCAGGAUGGCCAAAUCGAUAUUAGUGCCGUAACAUCUGGCCUGCUCAAAGAGUACGGCUUACGCCUUGGAUUAUUACAACUAUGUAAGGCUUGUCUUUGUCUAUAG